GUAAACUACCUUCCGUUGGCCCCUCUGUUUCCAUCCGGUUCUAUGGAGGCUGACUGUGAAGUCGGGGGAGUAAGAACGGGUUUACGUUGGACAUCGCUGUGGUAGUCAGUACCCAUUGCUAGGUGUCUGCAUCAACCUCACUCUUAACCUGCCUGUCUCCUCCUCCUCCCGGUGAUAUCUGGUCUCCGUGAGUCCCGCGCCCGCUUUCCUCCUACCUCCUCUUGUUCUUCGCGGCCUUUUGUUUAUGGCUGCCCUCCCCCUUCAUCACAAGCUGCUGGUGUGAUUGCAAGUUGCAUAAGGUUUCAGCGGCUUUAAAGACGGCGUUUGUUGGGUUAGUUUGAUCGUCGGCUUACAGCCUCGAGUGUUAGUAUAAAAAUGAACGUUGGCGUUGCACACAGCGAAGUGAAUCCUAACACACGAGUGAUGAACAGUCGUGGAAUAUGGCUGACAUAUGCACUUGGUGUGGGAAUGCUUCAUAUAGUGCUGUUGAGCAUUCCUUUCUUCACUGUUCCUGUUGUGUGGACUUUAACAAAUGUAAUUCACAACUUGGGAAUGUAUGUGUUCUUGCACGCAGUCAAAGGGACACCCUUUGAAACACCAGAUCAAGGGAAGGCAAGACUUCUGACACACUGGGAACAAUUGGAUUAUGGAGUACAGUUUACAUCUUCUAGAAAAUUCCUUACUAUUUCACCAAUUAUUCUGUAUUUCUUGGCCAGUUUUUAUACCAAAUAUGACCCAACACAUUUUAUUAUCAAUACAGCAUCUCUCUUAACAGUGUUGAUUCCUAAGCUGCCUCAGCUACAUGGUGUUCGAAUCCUUGGAAUAAACAAAUACUAAUUUGGAAGUCGUCACACAUUUUCUAACUAGCUUGUUAUGUUUACUGGGAAGAUUUAAAGCUGGUAAUCUGCUGUAUUGUUACCUCCAGUUAGAGUGUACUGACCAGUCCAAUGUAUGCCACUUUCAUUGUUUGUAUCCAUUUCAAAAACAGAUUUUUAUUUUGUUUUGUAAAAGGAGAAAAAGACAAAUGAAAUCUGGUAAUUGGUAUAAAUACUAAAAAGCUUCCCUCGAAUCUGGGCAGGCCCAGCUCUAAAAUUGCAAGGAGCUUUAUUAUACUGAAGAAAUUGUGCACAGCUUUAUGAAGUUGACACAGGUAUAUUAAAGAAAGGAAUUGUGUAGAAAUAUCCCAACUUAGGACUCGUAGAGUGAAAAGCAUGUUGCUAAUUUACUAUAAAGGUACAGAGGAAUAUGCCCCUGCCACUAUUAAAAGAUGGUUGGCAGGUUGACUUUUAAGAUUAUUUUUGUCAUCUUAAGUCUUCAUUAGAAGUAUAUGGUUGCUUCUGUUUUCUUUGAAGGUGAAGAAAAUUAUGGUACAGGGAUAGAUUGUGGAAAAUCAAAGUAAACAUUAAAUACAGUGAACUAUUAUAAUCCAUUUCAUGGAUUAUUCCAGUAACAUUUGUUUACUGGUUUCACUUUUAUCAAUUACUAAAAUAAAAUACUUCAUUACUUGGAAUCCAUAUAUAGGAUACAUACUUCUGUUCCAUGUAAUGUCACUUGACAAAAUGCACUCAAUCUAUAAAAAUGAUGUUACUUUGCAUACUGGUUUCUUUGUAUAGUUCAUGUUGGAGGGGAUUACUAUGAAAUUGUAUUUUGGAAAAGCUGUGGUUUGUAAUGCAUUUUGGUUAAUGAUUGUUUGAUGCCAAUUGUUUCUCAGCUGUACCCGCUGAUCUCCUUUUUAUUUAGUUUCAGUGGUGAGGUCAAUUUGUCAGUGUUCAAACAUUUACAGUUCUCGUGCUAAUUUCUCAACCUGUUUCGCUUUCAGAAAAAAGUGUUGAGUCGAAGCUAACUAGUUUCAGAUAGAAAGGCAGUUGGUAUCACCCCAAUUGAUCUUGGUAUAAUUUUAACUGAUUUAAUAGUGACACUGGUGUACAGUAUUGGGAGUAGGUUUUCUAGCUACCUUAGGCAUGCUUUUUUGCUUGCAACAGCAUUACUCUUUGAGUUGCUAUAAGGAAUUACAUAAGUAACCCAAAUUCUUGACCCAUCAACUUGUGCCUGCUGAUUUAGCAAAUUUUGCAGUGUACCAUUCAAGAUUAACAGCACCACAAAUAACGAGGUUGCUUUGAUACUGUAUUAAGAUAAAUACUUAGCAAAAAAUUAAACACUACCUAAAACCACAUGUUUGGUUUGUGCAUUUGAGCGUCUGAUUCAUGAAUUAGAAUUUAGCAUAAAAUCAGUUUUGAAACUCAAGUUUAUUUCCCCCCACUUUUUUCCAAACAUGCAAAACAUCUGUUCCUUAUACGCAAAUAAGACAGCAUUAGGGGAAAUGUGAAUUCUUUAUAAACUAUAAAACAGUUUUGACCUUGUGGUAUCAUGGCUGAUAUUUUUUAAAACUUUGCUAAUUGACUUAUUAAUGCUGUAUUUUGAAUGCUGACUGCCUCCCUCCAUUUAGAAUAUCAGAAUCUGAACCGAUAAUGUUAAGUAUUGGAAAGAUAAAUAUAUAUUUUGCUGUGAUUCAUUGUUAUAUUACAUUUAUUUUUGUAUUUGGUGUUGGUUUUUCCCCUUUAAAUUAAGGGUGCUGAUUCAAUUCCAAACUUCGGCAUUCCUAACUUUCCUCUAGCUUUGUUCAUAUGUUGAAAAGUGAUGGUCAUGUUAAAUUCAGAAGAUGGAAGAAAGCAGUCGACUGUACAGUAUGACUAAAUUUAUUAGGAGCAGAAUGGCCCUUAUUAAAAGAUUAUUCAAGGGUCUAA